AUGGCAAUAACUAUUCCAAAUCAAGGAUCUGAAUAUGCAAAUAACAUUCCCCGUGGCGUUGAUUUUGAAAAUUUCAGGGUCAACGUGGUGGUUGAUGGAAGCACAGUUAAUCUAGGUUUACGGGAUAGUGCAGGCCAGGAGGAUUACAACAGGUUGAGACCUUUGAGCUACCGUGGUGCGGAUGUGUUCUUGCUUGCAUUUUCUCUCAUCAGUAAAGCUAGCUAUGAAAAUGUUGCCAAGAAGUGGAUUCCCGAGCUUAGGCAUUAUGCACCUGGUGUGCCCAUAAUUCUUGUUGGAACAAAGCUAGAUAUUCGGGACGAUAAGCAAUUUUUCAUAGAUCAUCCGGGUGAUGGUCCCAUAAGUAGUGCUCAGGGGGAGGAACUAAGGAAGUAA